AACCCAGGGCAAAGGGCGCGGCGGCAGCGGCCGGAGAAACGAGUUGCAGCGCGGCUCAUGAGAGGGCGGCGGCGGGGCUGCCGUGACGUGGCGAGUGUUCGCUGUGGCCUGGCGGGUUUAUUUGGGGCCCGGCGGAUGUGGAGUGUUUUCGGUUGCUGUACCGCUUUCCAGCCUUCCUCCAGCUUCUGCCUCACACUAUGGCAGCCCUUCUGAAGAGCCUGCUUGCUGCCUCGGAGAAAGCUGCCAACAUUGCCCAGCUGUGUCGCCAGGAGGAAGCGCUCUUCAGCUUGCUCAUUGAGGAGAAGCGGGGCGCAGACAAGAACAAAAAGUUUCUACAGGAUUUCAAGACCUUGGCAGAUGUGCUGAUCCAAGAGGUCAUCAAGCAUGAUGUGGGGAAGGAGUUUCCAGAGUUACAAGGUUAUAUUCGUGGUGAGGAGUCCAACAAAUUUGAAAAUGGCCUUGGAGAGACUGUGGUGGUGCAGGUAUGUCCCACCCAGCCAGAAACAGCUGCACUGCUGCAGAAAGUCCUGGAUCGGAACCAGACAGCUGCAGAACUGCUGGCAGCUGCUGUUCACCAGGUGAUGGUGCUUUCUGACCCAGCAUUGGAUGAUGUGACUGUGACAAUCUCCACCGAGAAUAUGGCUGUGUGGAUUGACCCCAUAGAUUCCACCAAUCAGUACAUCCGUGGUCGUGGAGAUGUGGUGCCUGUGGAUGGCAUCUACCCAUCAGGACUACACUCAGCGUUGGUGCUAAUAGGGGUAUACAACCGGCACUCAGGUGAACCUGUUCUAGGCAUCAUCAAUGAGCCAUUUUUCCAGGAACAGCUGCCAGAGCAUAGGUGGCAAAGCAGAUAUCACUGGGGCAUCUCCUAUGGAGACACCAAGCUGAGCUCGCUGAGCCGGCCCCUGCCUCAGGCUCCCCCCCGCGUGGUGCUGAGCAGCAGUGAGAAAGGGGUGCUGCAGAAGGCCCUGGGACCCCUAUAUGGUGAGCAGUUCUGCUUUGCCUCAGGUGCUGGGUAUAAGAUGCUGUGUGUGGCCCUGGGCUUUGCAGAUGCCUAUGUGCUUUCGGAGGGCAGCACCUUUAAGUGGGAUUCGUGUGGUCCCCACGCUAUCCUUCGGGCCCUCGGUGGGGGCAUUGCUGAUUAUGCAGGGGCAUUGCGUGCUUGGCGCGCUGGCCAACGUGACUUGCUGCCUGAACUGACCUACAACAAGCCGGAAGAGGGCGCCACGGGUGCUGAUCAGUGGGCCAACCGUGGCGGUGUCAUAGCCUAUACGCACCAUGACCAUCUUGAGGCUGUCGUGGACACCCUGGCAGCUGCAGUGGAUGUCGUUUGAGUUCCUCCUCCAUAUAUAUGGGUGUGGCUUGGCUCGGACGUUCACAUCUGCAGGAGGGGAGGGAGCCAGCCGGCUGGUCAGGGACUGUAUGACUUGGACUUACCCCUGAACUGCGGGACCGAUCAGUUAUAGAUGGAUUGAACCUGCCAGCAUGGGGGCUCAGUUGGAGAGAACAUUGCGACUUUUAAUUUACACAACCCUUUGGCCUUUCAAUGCUGAGUCAAUGAAGGUUUGACUUCCAGUGCAGUGCAGAUGGGAGAAGGUUAAAAAUUUUCCCCCAUCCUUAUUGGUAUUUUGCUCUCCUAAAUGAGUAAUAUGUGUUACGGGUAAUGCAGUGAACAUGUCUUGAGGCUGGAAUUGCCAACUGCCUGGAGAAAAAAAAUUCCGGUCUCUUUAACAGAAGCUUAAUGGUAUGUUAACUUACCAGAUGGUGCUGUUUACCUGCAUUCCAUGAAAAGGUUAAGGUGCCGAUUUCUACAUAUUUAGCCUCUAUUAAACAUUUUUUUCUCCAAGCCUGCUGGCAACCCUGCCUUGGACCCUUCAAUUACUUCCACUAUAUUUCCUGCAGCCUUCCGUGUCUCAGACAUCAUGCAUGGAGGGCUAUGGCUGUCACCUCAAACAAUUUGCUGCACAGACACAUUUUCUGUGGUGCAUUUGCUCACUUCUUCUGACAUUGGCUCUGGACUAUGUAGCUAGAUCUGUGAGGGACUAGAAAAUGGAAGGUCCUUGUUAAUGGGGCUUGGAUUCAACACAGCAUUUCUGCAGUUAGAACAGCUUCUGCCCAUGCAGCAUGACUUUCUUGCUUCCCUCUUCUCACUGCAGAUUAAAACUUCCUCCUGAAAUGCCACUCCUUAGGGCAGGGGACCCCCAGAAAGAGAAUGUGGGGCUAUAGUGGAAAGUAAGGUAGUCAUUUUCCACUGGAAGGAACUGUUCCAUCUAUGGAAAUGUUCCAUUGGAUCCAAAGCCUAGGGUUGUAAUUAGGGUUGCUAGCUUAUGACUGGUUAUGUUUUCUAUAUUGUCUGUAUACUAAUAUAGUCCUUUUGUAUGCUUAUGACCUGUUGGUCUUCGAACAUUAAUAAAGGACUGACUGGCUUAUGACUGGCAGCUAAAGGACAACAGAAAGCUGUAAU